AUGGAGCCUGCUUCUCGAGCAAUAAUUACCCACCCCGUAAGUCGCCAACACCCCUCCCCCCUCUCCCCGGAGGGUGAGCGGGUUCGGUUCGUGUGCAAGGCGGCUGGAAAAACCGUCGCGUCCCACCCCCUCAGGUGGCCGAGUCGAAUGGGAGUACCCUCGCCUGUAUAUUUGUACUGUUAUGCCAAUUUCCUUUUAGGCAAUGAGGUUCCUCUAACUUCAGCGAAUCCUCUGAUCGGUUUGCUGACGGCUGAGGAGGCUGUUUGUGUUGGCUGCGGAUCUGCCAUCUACGAUCCCUUCAUAAUGCACGUUCAGCCGGACCUGAAGUGGCAUGGUCGAUGUCUUAAAUGCCACAAGUGCGAACGGGGCCUCAGCGAAGAGGCUAGCUGUUUCGUUCGCAACGGAAAAACCUACUGCCGCGAGGACUACUGCAACAGCAGUUUUCUCCAACGUUGUGCUGGUUGUCAGCAACCCAUCACCAAAGUGGACCUUGUUCUCCGCAUUCGUGGCCAGACCUUCCACAUGGGCUGUUUUCGCUGUGUCGCCUGUUCCGCGAUCCUGCAACCUGGUGAAGAGAUCGCCUACCACCGAAACAUGCCCUAUUGCCUCCGCGACGCGAAGCUGACACUGCCGGACAAAUGGGAGGCGCCAUCGUCAGCCACGGCUAGCGCAGCCACGACGGGGUCAACACGCGUGGAAGGGGACGCUGAACCCAAGGUGCUGACCCUUCUGUCUCCCGCGGUCCACCCGCCUACAAUGAAGUCAGGCGAAGAACAGCAGGCAGUGAAGUUAACAGAUGGAGGAGAGGGCACCUACUUCAGCCCCCAACCACCACAUCGAACAAGGUCUGAUAGCACAUCGAGCUCGCUAGAUGGACCAAUGGGUGAAAAUGACAUUCUAAUGACUCCGAACUCUGAGGGCAGCCAAGACGAGGAUGACUGUAGCAGCCUGUUUGGCUGCAUGACAUCGGCAGCGGUCUCCUGCCUCAGUGGGGACAUCUCGGCACACGCUUCUCAUGCCAUUAAUUCAGACACGUCGUCCCUUCAGCAGACUCCCACCUCGACUGGUGGGCAUCAUCCGACGAGGAGCGGAAAUGGCGGUGGAAAAAGCAGCGGGAAAAGGUCGAAAGAACAGAAGACGACUAGGGUUCGGACAGUGCUUAACGAAAAGCAGCUCCACAUGCUCCGCACCUGCUACGCGGCAAACCCACGCCCAGACGCUCUUAUGAAGGAGCAAUUAGUCGAAAUGACCGGUCUCAGUCCACGAGUCAUUCGCGUCUGGUUUCAAAACAAACGGUGCAAGGACAAAAAGAAGCAGAUAAUGAUUAAACAAAUGGAACAGCACCAUCAAGGUACAUCAGACCUUAUCUUGCGUCAGAAGUCAAGACGAGCGAAAGGUCGUGGUGGGCCCGCGGAGGGAACAAUGACGCACGUGCACAUGCCGCAUAUCACCAGACCCAAUCUCACGACUGCCUCGCUCAGUGCUCAAGCCCUGUCAAGUUCUCCCUGGCUGACCCCUGGCGUUUGGUCAAUCGGACGCCAGGCCAAUCUCUGUGUGGUUUACAAUCUCACAAACGCCAACAAUGAUGUCUAUUACCCGAAUUUGAGUGGUGGAGGUCAUUUGCAGUUGAGCACACAAUGUCAGUGUUUUUUGCAGAAUGGAAUGCACCCCUGUGGGCUGCAAGGAGUUCCAAUGGUGGCCGGAAGUCCCCUGCCCAACGACCCCACCAUGCUAUGUCCCAGUUCUGGAAUCGACGUUCAACGCAUUUCUAGUGACAACGGGGGACCCAUGUGCAGCCCCAUGAAGUCCGAGGUGUCCACUCCGCCACCCCCACCUACGUCCUCCCAACCUCGAUUUUCUCCUGCCUACCCUCCUCCGCCACCUCCUCACCUCUUCAACGGGAUGCUCCCCCCUAUUUCCCAUGUCGACAUGAAGCCCCCAUCACACUCGUCUUCGGCGCAAAUUAUGCUCUCCCCUUCUAUGGGAUUGUCGGGUGGAGAUGAGGGCACCUUUCCACCAUUUCAGCAGCUAGUGUCAACUUUUGACCUGAUGGACCCUAUGCAGCGGGGACCUCCACUUCAUCAAGACACCUUCAUCAACGGUAGCCGCAUGAACUAUCCUCCGGGGGUGCCUCCUCCCUCAACCUCCGAUGGACCUUCCUUCGUCUUCCCAAUGGGUGACUCAACUUUCACUACCCUUCGGCCAAUCAACUUGCGGCCACCCUCCUUGUCUACUUGA